AAACUUUGAUUAAUUAAUGAGCAUUGAUCAUGCUAUAAGAAAACAGUAUGACCAAGUAAAAGCAAUUUAAACCUUACAAACUUUGAAGAACUUUACUAGCAUGUAAAAAGUUGAGGUUGAAAUUUUGGUUUGGGGUAAGUUGUAGUUUGUUAGGCUUCAUAUAAAUAUUAAUAUAAAACUAUACGAAUACGAUCAUACGAUUCUCACGAAGAUCAGAAAGAUAACUCAUCUCUCUAUCUAUGGGGAAAGCCUUUCAAAAUUCUUGUUGUAUCUGGACUCUGGAGUUUGCUUGACAAUCAAUAGAAACAUAUUUCACGAUAAAGAAUUAGAAAAUACAUUUUUGUCAAGGAAAAGGAUCAUGUUUCUCGUUGUGUCAUUCGUCUAUAUAGAAAACAGAGGCUUUUAGCCUUGUAUAAAGCACUUAAUUUGUUCAUUCUGUUACAACCACUUAAUUUUUAUCCAUGCUGGAUUUUGGAGUCCGUGACUAUCGAUCCAUAAAAGAAGAUCAUGUUUAAUGUGUUUCCUAGUAUGUUAUCAAAUUGUCAUAAUUUCUGAGUUAUUAACAUGCUGGCUAUAUAAAACCAUGGUAAACACGCCUGCUAUUCCCCAUUAUUGCCACGGAGAAAAGCAAUUCCAGUUGAUAGAUCAGAUAUGAAUAUGAUAUUUCUGUGAAUCAGGAAGUGUUGAUAGAAACAUUUCAAUCACAAAUCCUAGACAAAGCUACUUAAAUUUUUCAGUUAACAUAUAACAUAGAUGGAGCUACGUUAUAGGUGGACAACUUGUGCAAACACUAGUUAAUUAUUUUCACAUCCAUGAUUUGAGCUUAACUUGUAAACAAAUUUGUAAUACAUGUCUUUCUUGUAACUUUUUCUUUUGAGCUAUCUGUCUAAUGUAUUUGAUUAGUAACUUUUAUUAAGAUUUGAGACGAGUACAACUUUACUUAUUUACAUCAUUCUUGAUGUUAAGGUUCAGUAAUUAUAAUAACUUAGAAAGUGCAAAUAAAGACGAUAUAUCAAGCAUUUUCAAUUUGUCUCAACUCUCAACACUCACCACUCACCAGGGUCUAUACUCUAUAGUAAACCGUGUGCUCGUGCUGUCUUCAAGUGAAGCUAGAGUCUUAUCUAUAUAAGCAAGUAGGUAACACUUGAGUGAAGUGACACAGACAUGUGGUCCUACAAAGGAGGAUCAAUCAUCAUAGCCAGCAACAUCAAUAUCAAUAGUAACUAGUUUUCUUCCCCCUACCAAAAAUCAUGGUUUCUCAUGCCAGUAGUUUUUCCAAAUUAACUUAGCCACUUUCUCUCUAUAUAAGUAACACUUCUCUCCAUUUGCCUCAUCAAACAAACAUCUAAUUUGCCAGUGUUCUCUUGAUUACCACAUUACACUAGCAUCAACUGCAGCUAUAUAACUUCCGUCAUUUGAAAGAAACUUUAGAAAAGAGUUUUGAUCAUAGAAGUAGCAAAAUGAAUUCAGCAGGGAGAGCAUGGAUUGUGGCAACUAGUGUUGGAGUUGUGGAGGCCUUGAAGGAUCAGGGCAUAUGCAGGUGGAACCAUGCUUUAAUAUUAGCUCAGAAACAAGUGAAAAGCCACGUUGGAUCUUUGUCACAGGCAAAGAAAUUUUCCUCUUCUUCUAUGGCUUCUACUUCUAGCGGAUUGAAGGGGCAGAAGCAGUCAGAGGAGUCCUUAAGAACUGUUAUGUACUUAAGUUGUUGGGGUCCUAACUAAGUAGACGGAAUUUUUUUUUUUUGAAUUUUUUAAUUUAAUUUGUAGCCACAAAAAUGAAUGAGACCUGAGAUUUCUAUAAUCUAUUCCAAUGUUGGCUUAGUCCUGGUUAUUGUAUGGUAAAACAAGUAUCCUAUUAUGACCGUUAGAUGUCAUGUAAAUGUAAUUAUGAUGAUAAUGGCAAUUGCCAAGUCAUUUUUUUUAAAGUUGGAAAUUACGUUCAUCUUUAUAAAA